AUGUGUACACUAGAUUUCAGAUUUCCAAAGAUUACCAGAGAUUUCCUAAGAUUACCAAAGAUUUCAAGAGAUUUCCAUAGAUUACCAAAGAUUACUAGAGAUUUCCAUAGAUUACCAAAGAUUCCUAGAGAUUUCCAAAGAUUACCAAAGAUUACUAGAGAUUUCCAAAGAUUACCAAAGAUUACUAGAGAUUUCCAGAGAUUACCUUUAAAAUAA